UGAAUUUUCCAUUAGACAGGGUGUUUUCUUUGUUGUUUGUUUAAUCUCAAUAACAAAGAGGUUAGAUCAUUUGUGGGCAGAAGAGCUUUCUUGUUGAAGUUUUUCUCUCUGCCAUUUCUAACUCUUAAAAAAGUUAUUGAGAUUUAAUUUCAGGUUUUAAAAACAAAAGCAGAGAAGACAUAAAAAAGAAUAAAAAAAAGAAGAAGAGAAGAAUGGCAUUCACAGGAACAUUGGAUAAAUGCAAAGCUUGUGAUAAGACUGUUUAUUUUGUUGAUUUGUUGACUGCUGAUGGUAUAACUUACCAUAAAUCUUGCUUCAAAUGCAGCCAUUGCAAAGGCACUCUUGUGAUGAGCAACUACUCUUCCAUGGAUGGAGUCCUCUAUUGCAAGCCUCAUUUCGAACAGCUUUUUAAGGAAUGUGGAAAUUUUAGCAAGAACUUUCAGACUUCAGCUAAGCCUGAGAGGGAACAUGCACUGACAAGGACUCCAAGCAAACUCUCUGCCAUGUUCUCUGGAACCCAAGACAAAUGUGCAGCCUGCAACAAAACUGUCUAUCCACUUGAAAAGGUGACAAUGGAAGGAGAAUCAUUCCACAAGUCAUGUUUCAAGUGUGCUCAUGGAGGGUGUCCACUUACACAUGCAACUUAUGCUUCACUUGAUGGAGUUCUUUAUUGCAAGCACCAUUUUGCUCAACUCUUCAUGGAAAAAGGCACUUAUCAACAUGUUCUUGAAGCUGCAAAUCAUAAGAAGAUUAAUGCUGAAGCACCAGCUACAAAUGAACCUGAAGAUUAUGAGGCUACUAAUAAGAAAACAAAUGAUGAACAACCAGAAAAGGAACCUGAUGAGGAAGAGUCACAAGAAUCUUAAAAUAUUGGAUCAAAUUAUUUUCUCAAAACAAAAUCCAAAUUGUUUGUGUGUUUCUCAUCAGUAAAUAAAGUUUUUCUUUUCUUUUUGUGAUCAAUAGACAAACUUCCUUCCUUAUUGUAAACAUAUUUCUUGCCUGGGAUUUUCUUUCUUUAUUUA